GGAGGCUCUGCAUCAAAGCAGCAUGCAGCAGCAGCAGCAGCAGCAGAAGCAGGCUGGGCUUUCUGAUCCAUUGUUCCUGGUUGUGCUGCUGCCGGACUUCAUUGUUCCUCGUUAGGAAGCUCAGAGAAGAAGGAGGGCAUAGGGAGAAAACGCUGGGAGCCUUCCGCUUUGUUUGCUCUGGAUUAUUUCUACUUGGACACACUAUUGUUGUGGACAAAAGAGGGACUUCAGCACUCCCGGGCUGGCUCUUCCUACUGACUGCAUUGGGGUCUACAGUACCAAGUGGGGACUAUGGGUCUGCCUGGGAGGACCCGGUUUCUACUGGGGCUGUUCAAGCACCCUGUAAGCUCCUGUUUGUGGAGGUUAGCGCUGCUCUUUCUCUCCAUGUGGACUCUAGAUGCACAAACCGCAGUGGAAACUAAACCCUUCUACAUCUGGCAGACAGGUCCGUGGGGUCGCUGCAUGGGAAGCGAGUGUGGUCCAGGAGGAAGCCAGAGCAGAGCGGUGUGGUGCGCUCAUUCUGAGGGCUGGACCACCCUCCAUACAAACUGUGACCAGGCACAGCGGCCGAACAACCAGCAGAGCUGUUUCAGAGUUUGUGAUUGGCACAAAGACCUGUAUGAAUGGCAGCUGGGUGCCUGGAACCAGUGCAUCCCAGUUCUGUUGCGUAACGCCGGGGCGCUGCGCCCCACCAUGUGCUCACGAGGAGAGGAGGGCAUCCAGACUCGGGAGGUGGGGUGUGUCCAGAGAUCCAAUGGUGAGCCUGCUGAAGAUGCAAUCUGUGAAUACUUUGAGCCUAAACCACGCCUGGAACAGGCCUGUCUGAUACCAUGUCCUCGCAACUGUGUGGUAUCGGAGUUCAGCCCAUGGACUUCAUGCUCUAAAACUUGUGGGAUGGGUUUACGGAACCGGAUCCGCUUUGUUCUGGCGCCACCGCUGUUUGGUGGAUCAGCCUGUCCAAAUCUGACUGAAUUUCAAACAUGCCAGCCAGGUUCCUGUGAUGGAGAGGAAAACCUGUUCAGCCUCAGAGUGGGACCAUGGGGGCCUUGCUCCGUCCCACUGCCAAGACAAGCCAGACAAGCCGAAAAAACAGCCAGAGGGGGCAACAAAAGGUCAAGAGACAGUGGUAAAGCUCCUAAAGAGGGCAAAAAGCAGUCAAGGGAGGGGGAGACGCCAUCCAGAGGCGAGAAACCUCCCAGAGAGAGCAACAAGCAGUCAAUCGAAGGAAAAAAACAGAGAGAUGAUGAAAAACAGUACCCAGGUAAAGACAAAAACUCAAAGGACGAAGACAAACUCUCCAGGAAUGAUAACAAACAACUCAAUAGAAAACUGGACCGAGCAAAUGGAAAACCAGACAGGCCUUCUAGACAGGCUGAUCGUCCCAAACGACAGAAAAAGCUCAAAAACAGAGGGAAGAAGGAGAAAAUCAGAGAUAAGAUCAAAGGGAGAUUACGAGAAAGGGGGAAGACAAAGGACCCUGAGGCUAAAGAACUAAUGAAAAAAAAAAGGCUCAAGAAUCGUCAGAACCGUCCUGGGGGAAAGUUCUGGGAUCUACAAGUCGGCUACCAGACCAGAGAGGUGAUGUGUGUCCACAAGAGCGGAAACGUCGAAGCUCUGAGUCUGUGCUCCCAGGAGAUGCUACCGAUCACCUUCCAGGCCUGCGUGGUUCCAAAAGACUGCGAUGUGACCGAGUGGUCCCCGUGGUCCGCCUGUUCCAAAGACUGCUACGACCCAAACGGACCCACUGGGGAGCGUGCCCGUACCAGGAAAGUCAGCCAGUUUUCCAUUGGUGGAGGAGCGGACUGUCCAGUUUUAGAGGAGAGAGAGCCCUGCAGCCCUCUUGGAGAUGCAGUCCCACCAUGCACUGUCUACAGCUGGAAGACCACCGAGUGGACCGAGUGCAGGGUGGAUGUGCUGCUGAGCCAGCAGGAUCGCCGCCGUGGAAACCAUACAGGGUUGUGCGGAGGAGGGAUCCAGACUCGGGAGGUCUACUGUGUCCAGGCUGGUGCUGAUGCUCCGCCCAAACUCGGCUCCAUCAGGAGUAAAGAAGCACUGCGGCCGGUGGACAGUGAGCUGUGUUUGGGAGUGGCUCCAAACACCACCCAGCUGUGUCACAUCAGCUGUCCUGUUGAGUGUGAGGUGUCAGCGUGGAGCGCCUGGGGACCCUGCACUUACGAAAACUGUCAGGACCAGACCACCAAGAAAGGUUUUAAACUGAGGAAGAGAAGGAUUACCAACGAGCCCACAGAUGGCACAGGGAACUGCCCUCACCUGGUGGAGGCCAUCCCAUGUGAAGACCCCAGCUGCUACGAAUGGCUGGUGGUGAAGCUGGAUGAGUGUGUUCCAGAUAAUGAGAAGGAAUGUGGACCUGGAACCCAGAUUCCUCAGGUCCAAUGCAUCAACAGUGAUGGUGAAAACGUGGAGAAGCAACUGUGUCGGGACGCCAUCCUUCCCAUGCCCUCCAUCUGCGAGGUGCCGUGCCCUAAGGACUGUGCCCUGAGCCCCUGGACCUUCUGGUCACUCUGCUCUCAUACCUGCUCUGGGAAAAACACCGAGGGAAGGCAGACCCGAGUCAGGUCCAUCCUGGCCUACAAUGCAGGAGAAGGAGGAUUCCAGUGUCCCAACAUCAGUGCUCUGCAGGAGGUGAGGAGCUGUAAUGACCAUCCCUGCACUGUGUACCACUGGCAGACGGGAACAUGGGGACAGUGCAUUGAGGACUCGUCCAUCCUGUCCACCAACACAUCUGUGGGACGAAUACGUGGAGAUGACACGUCGUGUUCUGUUGGGAUGCAAACUCGAAAAAUCAUCUGUGUCCGAGUCAAUGUGGGCCAAGUUCCUCCCAAAAAGUGUCCAGAUAGUCUUCGCCCCGAUACUGUCAGGCCGUGUUUGCUGCCCUGCAAGAGAGACUGUGUGGUCACCCCCUACAGCAGCUGGAGCCCCUGUCCUACAGCAUGUCCAGCAGGAAACACCAGGAGGCAAUUCAGGAAGCAGCACAGGAAACGGAUCAUCAUCCAGUUACCCGCCAACGGGGGACAGGACUGUCCUGAAGCUCUGACUCAGGAACAGGAGUGUGAAGCUCAGUCCGUCUGUCAUGGAUACAGAUGGAAAACACACAAAUGGAGACGCUGUCAGCUGGUCCCGUGGUCCAUCCGGCAGGACUCUCCCGGAGCUCAGGAGACUUGUGGGCCGGGUUUGCAGUUUAGAGCUGUUUCAUGUCGAAAGCAAGAUGGUGGACAAGCAGAAAUUGAAGCUUGUCUGAAGGUUGCUAGUCCCAUGCCACAUCUCUCCCAGCUGUGCCAGGUGCCCUGUCAGGAAGACUGUCAACUCAGCAGCUGGUCAAAGUUUUCCUCCUGCUCAGCUGAUUGUGUGGGAGUCAGGACUCGCAAGAGGAUCCUACUAGGAAAAAGUAAAAAGCGUGACCAGUGUAAAAACAAUCAGAUGUAUCCCCUGAGUGAGACCCAGUACUGUCCCUGUAAUAAAUACAAUGCCCAGCCGGUGGGGAACUGGUCCGACUGCAUCCUACCAGAAGGCAGCCGCGUGGAGGGCCUGCUUGGCAUGAAGGUUCAAGGUGACAUCAAGGAGUGUGGCCAAGGAUAUCGCUACCAGGCCAUGGUGUGUUAUGACCAGGACAACCGCAUAGUAGAAACAUCUCGAUGCAACAGUCAUGGCUACAUUGAGGAAGCUUGCAUCAUCCCCUGUCCAUCAGACUGCAAACUGAGUGAGUGGUCCAACUGGUCGCGCUGCAGUAAGUCAUGUGGCAGUGGGGUCAAAGUUCGCUCCAAGUGGCUGAGAGAAAAGCCUUACAACGGUGGAAGGCCAUGUCCUAAACUGGACCACGUCAACCAGGCUCAGGUCUACGAGGUGGUGCCCUGCGUCAGUGACUGUGGGCAGUAUGUUUGGGUGGCAGAACCCUGGAGUGUGUGGAAAGUCAGUAACGUUGACUUGAGAAACAACUGUGGUGAGGGCGUGCAGACCAGAAAAAUUAGGUGCAUGCUCAACACUAUAGACGGGCCCUCUGAGCAGGUAGAGGACUACCUGUGUGACCCAGAAGAGAUGCCUCUAGGGGCCCGUAACAGCCACCUGCCCUGCCCCGAGGACUGUGUGCUAUCAGACUGGGGUGCCUGGAGCCCAUGCCCACUGCCAUGCACUCAGAACCAGACCCGUGAGCGGGUGGCUUACCUGAUUCGCAAACCGGGAAAGGACAAGACGUGUCCUCCAACAACCGAGACAGAAUCCUGCAAACUCAACAGCAACUGCUUCCACUACUCCUACAACAUCACAGACUGGAGCACCUGUCAGUUGAGCGACCGGGCAACGUGUGGAAAUGGCAUCAAAACCCGCAUGCUUGACUGUGUGAGAAGUGACGGAAAAUCUGUCGACCUCAGCUUCUGUAAAGAGCUGGGUCUGGAGAGGAAGUGGCAGAUGAAUGCUUCCUGUGUCGUUGAAUGUCCCGUCAACUGUCAGCUAUCUGAGUGGUCGUCGUGGUCUGAGUGCACUCACACCUGUGGCCUGGCAGGUAAACUGUGGCGGACACGAACGGUGAUCCAAGCUCCCCAGGGUGAUGGCAGACCAUGCCCUUCUCAGAUGAAGCAGUGGAAGCCUUGUCUGGUGAAACCGUGCUACAGCUGGAGAUACAGUUCCUGGUCUGAGUGCAAGUCAGAGGGGGCAAGGUGCGGGGAGGGUCUGCGCUUCAGGAACAUGUCCUGCUUCGUGUCAGAUGGGUCAGAGAUACAAGACAGCAGCAUGGUGAACGAAGAGCUUUGUGGAGACCUGGAGCUCUCGGUGGAAGGAGAUAGACUAAUAGUUCUUCAGGAGGCGUGCACCGUACCCUGUCCAGGAGAAUGCUACUUGACAGACUGGACCGUUUGGAGUCCAUGCCAGCUAAGCUGUGUUAGUGGGGACGACUUGGGCUUCGGCUCAGUCCAGGUCCGCUCCAGAGCAGUGGUGGCGCAGGAUCCAGAAAACCUGCUGCAGUGUCCAGAACAAGAGCUGGAAGCACGUCCUUGUACAGGUGGUCAGUGUUUUGAAUAUAAGUGGAGGACUGGACCGUGGAGAGGCUCAUCUCGCCAAGUGUGGUGUGAGCGUUCAGAUUGGAUCAACGUCACAGGUGGAUGCCUGGAAGCAGCAAAGCCAGUGGCCGACCGGUCCUGUGACCCACCUUGUACCAAACCAUGGUCUCUGUGCACAGAGGCCGGUGUGUGCGGCUGUGAGGAUGGCUACACAGAAGUGAUGACCUCUGACGGCCUGUUGGAUCAGUGCACUGUCAUUCCGGUUCUGGAGAUCCCAACCGCUGGUGACAACAAAGCUGAUGUGAAGACCAUCCGAGCCUUCAGCCCCAUCCAGCCUGCAGCCAGCGCCCCGGGAAGGGCUGGACGGACCUGGUUCCUGCAGCCCUUCGGUCCAGAUGGGACGCUGAAGACCUGGGUGUAUGGAGUCGCUGCAGGAGUCUUUGUUCUGCUCGUCUUCAUCAUCUCAAUGACGUAUUUAGCGUGCAAAAAGCCAAAGAAGCCACAGCGUCGGCAGAUGAACAACCGACUGAAACCUCUGACCCUGGCGUACGACGGCGACGCCGACAUGUAGACGUCUUCCAGCUGACUUCCUGUACAGAACAGAUCGGGACACAGGGUGGCUCUCUUUAACGUCAGGGCCGGUGGUGCUUGGCUCAGCCUUGAUGUUCCCGUCCUCUUUUUUAUAAUCUUCCUGUUUUUACUUUUUUUCUGAAGCCUUCACUAACUCCACCUCCCUCUGGGAGUGUGCCUUUGGCAGCACACAAACCAUGAGAGAGAGAGAGAGAGAAUCGGCUGGAGAAGCACAAACCUUCAUCAUUAGUUGCGUGGUGUUUCCUCACGUGUUGCUCUUAGUCUCUACAUCGUUACAAUCUGGAUGCGACGUGGGAGAACAGCACAGAAACGAGAGCCUGCUGAGUUCUGGAGUUACUGCCUCUCCUCCUCUAUUUACAGGCAGGUUUUUGCACUAUAUUAGUGCAGCAUGAUAUGUACGUUCGCUCUGCCAUAUGAAACUGCCUCUCCAUACAAGACGAUCUACACUUUUGUGCCACAAAUGUAAAGAUUAUACUUUUUUGCUAACCACCUAACGAUGUUUGAUAUGUUUUUCUAUUAACUCUUCUAUGCUCCAGACUGAACUCCUUGUAAAUAGUUUUUGUGGUUUUAACUUUGAUUCUUCAGCAUUUUCUGCACAGACUCGCAUACAGAAAUCAACUUCAUCUCCGAUGAUCUUUUAACUGUGACUUGAUUUGCUUUUUUUACUUUGAGACUUCAAACUCAUCUUCUCACCCUAGAGACAACAUGUCAUUUUUACUGUUAAUCUCUGGAAAUAUCCAUCAAAAUGUUGAUGAAAAAGAAUUAAAUGAUGCCCAGUUGGUGAAAAGUAUUGGUGGCUUUGUAGCAUAUAAUCAUAAAAAUCAGGUCUAACAUACAUAAGCACGGGCCUAUGUCUCUGGAAAACGACAAAUUAGACAGCACGUUUCCUUCUAUGGGAGCCUGUGAGGGCAAAAUGUAUUUACUGAUUUAUAAUUUUUUAAAACCCUUGCCAUUCAUAAACAUUGUGGUUUUGCACAUCUACCUGUUCACUUUCUGCCAAUGAUGGAAGGGAGUCUGAUGUGCUUAUCAUUUCGCUGGAGGUUGCACCCCCAUGAGCUUUUUGACC